AUGAGCUGCGUCCGGCCGCGGCUGCGGACGGAGCCAGAUGCGAUAGCGAUGCCCACCACCAUCUGCAGUUUGAGCAAGCAACAUAAAUGGAAGAUAGCAGCCUCUGUGAUGCUGUUCUCCGUGCUCCUUAUAGCAUUUGAUUCGCCAUUCAGGGCCUUUUUCAGCAAGUACCUCAGUUCCAUUGUACCACCAUCGGGAUCAUCACAUGACAGUGACACUACAUUAACCCAGGAGAAUCGAAAUUUAUCCUUGGAGCAUGCCACUAACCUGAGUAACAGCAAGGAAGGGAAACAGAUCGAACACGGCAUGUACAACAUGAACACCAGUUCGACAAAUGCAACUUCCAGUUGGAGCAUUGUGAAGGAGGAGUUCACAUUUCAAGCAGCUGGCCGCCCUUUCAAUAAUUGUCAUGCUUCCACCAUUGUAGAGAUUGAGAAAGACAAUUUUUUGGUCUCAUAUUUCGGUGGAUCCAUAGAGGGGGCUCCUGAUGUCAAAAUCUGGACACAGAGAUACAGUGAUGGCUACUGGCAUCCUCCAGUAGUAGCUGAUGAAGAAAAUGCGACGGCAAUGUGGAAUCCUGUUUUAUUUCAGCUCCCCUCUCGUGAGUUGCUUCUCUUCUACAAGAUUGGUGAACACCCUCAAAACUGGAGUGGUGCCAUGAAAAGAUCUCUCAAUGGUGGCAUGUCCUGGUUAGAGAGAGAGCAAUUACCACCUGGUAUUCUUGGCCCUAUUAAGAAUAAGCCCUUUUUGCUUGAUGAUGGGCGCUUACUAUGUGGGUCAUCUGUUGAAAGUUGGAGCUCUUGGGGUGCAUGGCUUGAGGUAACAGAAGAUGCUGGUCGGACAUGGAGCAAAUAUGGUCCUAUAUUCGUCCAAGGCGAGACACUUGGGGUGAUUCAGCCAGUCCCUUACCAGACCACCAACGGGACUAUACGUAUGUUGCUAAGGUCUUACCAAACAAUCGGCCGGGUAUGCGUGGCUGAUUCCUACGAUGGAGGAUUAAGAUGGACUUUUGCGCGCAAGACUGAGCUUCCAAACCCUAAUUCCGGGAUCGAUGGAAUCAAGAUGAAGGAUGGAAGAGUGGCACUCGCCUACAACACCGUCUCCAGAGGCACACUCAAAGUGGCCGUCUCCACGGAUGACGGCCUCUCAUGGCAAGAGGUGGUGACGCUGGAGAACACGGAAGGCUGGGAGUUCUCGUAUCCUGCAGUGAUCCAGACCAUGGACGAGCUCGUGCAUGUCACCUACACAUACAACCGGACGCAGAUCAAGGUAGCUUUGCUUGUUCCCCAUUUCGAUGAGCAACUGCAUGCUUUUGGUUUAGCCAUUGCCUUGUUUUGGGGCCUGCCUCAAAGCCUUGCAAUUUUGCAGCACGUGGUUCUUCAGCCCAGUUGA